UUCCAUAGGCGACGCACGCUUACUCGCGAUCCCGAGUUCACGUACAUUUACGUAAUAUUAUUAAUAUAAUUCUAAUAAAAUGUCAUUUAUAAAUAAAAUAAAUAAAUACAAAAUGUACUUAUAUUAAAUUAGUGUUGUUCUUUUUAGUGUAAACGUGUAACUUAGUGUUGUGUUGAUAGAAUUAUAAAUAAACACCAUAGAAACUUUUCUGUGAACAAACUGUACUCAGUGCAGGAUAUUAAAAAACUUCUACAGGCUUUAUUCCAACUGCUGCACAAGAUGUGAAUCUUGAGGGUCAUGGAAGAGGAGGGGUGUUACAACUGCAGUCUCUAUGCGGUCUUCAAUGAUAGUGUCUACUAUAACUUCACCACUAAUGCCACGUCCAUCAACAAGUUCUACUUCUAUCAGACAGCACAGGUGGCGGUGCUGUGGAUUCUUCUCGUGGCAAUCGUAGCAGGCAACGCCACUGUGGUCCUGGCACUACUCCUCACCAAAUCAAGGAAAAGCAGAAUGAACUUUUUCAUCAUGCAACUAGCUAUAUCAGACUUACUGGUGGGUUUAAUAAGUGUACUACCUGACUUAGUUCAGCGUAUAACCAUCACCUGGCUUGCGGGGUCGCUAGCUUGCAAGAUGAUGAAAUAUUUACAGGGUGUAGUUACAUAUUCAUCUACUUACGUAUUGGUAGCGCUCAGUAUAGACCGAUGUGACGCCAUCACACAUCCAAUGAAUUUUACGGGAAGUUGGCGGCGGGCGCGCGCUCUCAUUUUAGUCGCCUGGUUUAUUAGUUUUUUAUUCUGUAUUCCCAUGUUAUUUCUAUUCGAUGAAGCAGACGUAGGUAUUAUCCAAUGCUGGUCCAGUAUAAGUAAGCUACAAUGGCGGAUAUGGAUGACAAGCGUGUUCGUCUCGCUGUUCGUGGUGCCGGCUGUAACCAUCGCCGCGUGCUACGGUGUGAUUGUGAUCACUAUACGACAGAAGAGUCAGAGGGUGUUGGGAAGGCGAGCUACUGCUACCAGACAAUAUAGUGACGAUUUGGACAGUCGCCGGGCGAGCAGCCGCGGUAUUAUACCGAAGGCUAAGAUAAAAACCGUUAAGAUGACUUUUGUUAUUGUUUUUGUAUUCGUGCUCUGCUGGUCACCAUACAUGAUAUUCGACCUGCUACAAGUCUACGACUACAUUCCUGAUACGCAAGCCAAUGUGGCCAUAGCAUCGCUCAUACAGAGCCUGGCGCCUCUCAACUCCGCCGCCAACCCUGUCAUCUACUUCAUAUUCUCCAAUAGAAUAUUCGUUAGCCUCAGGAACAUACCUCCAUACAAGUGGCUUUGGUGUUGGGUCAAAGCCAGCGAUAGUCCAGCUGGCAACGAGUCACGUGCUCAUACGGAAUUAUUAACAUCUUCACACAGACGGACCAGACACGAUCUUACUGUCAGGGUUAAAGAAGAUAGUCUCAAGUAUACUAAACCGAGGGUCCAUCAAUGCAACAGCGCGAGUUCUCGGAAAGUUCGCAUGCACCUUCCGGAUGGACAGAAUCAGAUCAACAACAACUGUCAUCCAGUUCAACGGAGGCGCGACGACACGUUUUUGUAAUGUAUAUGUGAACUUCUUGGUUUCAACUGAUUUUUUUUUCCAUUGUCUUUGUCUUAUUAGUGGAAAUAUUACAAUUGUCUUUUUUUAUUUUUUAAAAUAGCAAUUUCUACAUUCCAGCCAAUACUUUUAGUUAUUAUAACUCAUAUCGUCGUUCUAACCAAUUUGUCAUAAAAAUAUCGUCCAUGAUUAUCAAAGAGUGAUUAAAUAGGGACUCUACUUAGAAUGAAAUAAGGGUCUUAAUGCUUCUUUCUCGAUAAUGCUUUAAAUUCUUUACUUGAUAACUUUACUAGCGUUUAUAAUUUACUAUUUAUAUUGCGACCUCUGAGUUGAACUUUAUGAUAUUACAUAAUAUUAUUUAAAACAUCUCGUAUUUACUUAUUCCUUUUACCACAGAUAACAUAAUAUUUACUAGACAUUUGUUGAUAAUGAGAAUGAACAACCGAAACUGAUUGUGUGUAUAAAUAAUGUAAAACAAGAAUAAAUAAUAAUCCAGUCGAUUGUAAAAAAUUAAUAUCAUUUUAAAGUUAGCAAAGAUAUCGAGUAAGUUUUAUUUAUUCUAUUUAUUUGUUAUUUAUUUAUUUUAUUCGGAAUAACUACGAGGGUAGAGUGAAAAGUUUUCGGCCUGACAAUGAAAGACUAUGAUUUUCAGUAAAUAAAAAGUAUUUUUAUUUUUCUACAUAAUCUCCCUUGACUUUAAUACACUUGAUGUAGCGUUUCUCUAACAUCAGUAUUUCGGAAGUGAGAGUCUAGAAGGUUGUGAAAACAUAUUUUUGCGGCCCUCUCAACUUCUUUAUCGAAUGUGAACCACUUCCCAGAAACAAAUUUCUUCAAGUUUGGGAAUAGAUAGAAGUCUGAGGGUGUCAAAUCAGUAGAAUAAGGGGGAUGACCGAGCAAAUUGUACCCCAAAUCCCGCAAUUUUCCCAUCGCCAACGCACUCUUAUGUGCAAGUCCAUUUUAACAAAAAACACGCACGUUUAUUGCAAAAAUUCGUGUAAAUAAACGAUUUAAGAGAACAAGUUUAAACUUAUCAUACGAACUAAUGACACAUGCACAAGAAAAACAAUGUUUUGCUGAUUAUAACGCCAUUACUGCGUCAGGCCGAGAACUUUCCACCUUACCCUCGUACAGCUGUUUACAAUUAUAUAAUGUUCUUUAAAAAUAAAAUAAUGUGGAAGUUUACACAAAAAAGUAAAUUUUACUAAAAGGCAAAUGUAAUACGAAGUGCGAGUGUUUUGAAUAAUGCCGUAUUCUAAUUAUAUUUGUUUGUAGCAAAACUGCUAUGUCUGAGCUAAAGUCACGAAGGACUGUAAUGAAUCAGAAGACUAUGCUCCAAAUGAUGAAAUACAUACUAUAAAAUUAAUCUCUUACCAUUAAAUUUUAACCAAAACGUAACUUAAUGUUGCAUCUUAAAUUCAGGUAACUCUAUUAUCACUGCCUUUAAUUUCGCCCCAAUUACGACCCGCAACGCACCCGUGUGAUACUGAAAUGUAAUUAUUUCUGUUGUUUAUAUUAGUUGAUGGUCUCACACGACUGUUUUCCAAGUUUAUUAUUAAUACAGUUAAUACGACUUACAUUGGGUAUAUCUAUAUUAUUGAGCAAAAGUUGUUAAUUCUAGAAUUCUUUUAGCUUUUUAUUUAAAAAAAAGUACAGAUUAUUGUGAUGUGAAUUCUCAUGUUUGGACAUUUCUUGCUUACAGAUAGAGGGAGUUUAGUCACUUUGAUCAGCUACUAUAAUAAAAUAAACGAUAAUUGAUUGCCAAUAAACGUGUGAUAUAUGCAUUUGUACGAAUUUGACACUUAUUCAUUGAACUUUUAAAAGUUUAAAAAUUUGAUUUACAUUUAUAUUUCAUCAUGGCGUAACUUUUUCUUUUAAUUAUAUUUAUAGAUACUUAUUAAGAGCCUUUAUAUAAUUUGUUCUUUGCAAUUUCGCUUUUUCCUUUACAUUGACUCUAUAUAAAUAAAUCUGCCUAGUCCUUUGAUAUGGCAAGUCUAAUCAACAUUUAUUCCUACUGUAUAUUUAACUAGAGGUAUAAUUAUGAAGACUAGAUAGAUAUAAAAUACUAAGACCGAUUUCAGAGUGUCAGGAAUACGUGUGGGUAUAACGUAUUGAUUUUCAAUCCUUGAACUAAGCUGCAGUUUUCCAACAGUAAUAGGUACAGGGGAUGUGUCAACAUAGUACCAUAGAAAAACUUAAGUUUUGUUGACAUGCAUACUUUGAAAACAGCCUUAAUAUUAUCAUUACAUAAGCAUUUAUAAGCCACUUGGUAUUGUAAGUACGUGCUUUAAAAUAUAGGGCAUUGUAUUUAUGAUUCGAGUAGCUAAAUAAAUAUAUUUAAUAAGUAUUAAUAUAAUAUAUUCAAACAAAAUAAUACAGGGAAUAUAUAGAUGGAAUUAAUGAAGAGUUUAAACUUCUUUAAACUGAUGUAUCUAUAUAAGAAUUCUCGGACGUUUCAAGUCAGAAGAGAAUAUAUAUAAUUUCGAAAGCCAUUAUGCUAAUUGAAAUGCUGUUAACGUCAGCUGCUAGGGAAAAGUUACUAGCUGUUUGAAAUAUCAAUAAAUUUCAAUUACCAUUACUUUCUGAUAAGGAUUAAAAAUAUUAUUUAAUACCUGUAAUUAUAUUAAAAAAAUAUAUUGAUACAUAUUAUUUCAAAUACCUGUCACUCUCACUCAUUAAUUAAAGAGCAAUAUUAAAGUAAUUUAAUGUCUUAAAUAUAUUUAUUAUUUAAUUUAAAUAAUGGGUAUAGUAAGCUUCACUCUUUAAUUUAAUUACAAAAUAAUUAUAUUGAAGUGUUUUAUUAAACUUUACUUUUUUUUAAAUAUAAAAGUAAUUUAAUUUGUUAAAUAUGUUCAUUCUUUGAUUUAAUAUAACAACCGGAGAAUAUAUUAUAAAUUUAAAUUUACUUGGUGUCGGCUAGAUUAGUACUCACGACUUUUGUAGACAUAUAUUGGAAUAGUAGACUACUGGGAUACGACGAACGCAUCAAUAUCUUCAAUCUUGAAUAAUCUGAAGUUAUAAAGAAGUUUAAAUUUAUCAUUUUAGAAAUUAAUGUAGAAUAAAAUUUUAUAUAACAUAACAUUAUUUUAAUAUUUGAACCAAAUGUAAAUAAUACAAAUUAAAUAAUGUAUUCGAGAUGUGUGUAAUAAUUAUAAGAAUAACAGUUAUUAUUACACUUUUAUGUUAUUAUAAUGAUAAUAAAGAAAAAAAAACAUGAUGAACAUUUGUUUAAUCAUUUUAAAUGAAACAACAUAUUUAAAUAUUUUUUAAGCAGUCAGAAAAAUAGCUGAUUUAGAUAUAUUUCUUAAUCUAAUGACCGUUCAUGAAUAAUAAAAUAUAUACUUAUAUAAUAUAAAUAAAGAAAAUAUUUUAAAAUAAAUAACUGUGAUUGCUAUUUUUCAGAAAAAUAAAUUAUAAAAGUAUUAAAAAAAAACACCUUUCAUCAUUUGUUUUAUACAUAUGCCAAAGUAGACACCACUUUAAACUUAUGUUAAAAACGAAUAAAAAGAUAGUAACUUAGUAGUAACUUAUCUUCACGAUCUACUACAUUUUUUUUAUUUUUUAACAAAAACUGUCUUCAAUUUUAACAAAUUUAGUAUGGGACCAUCCUAAAAUUAAAUCAAACUAAACAAAAAAAAACUGUAUUUUUUUUUGCAAUAUUUUUAUUACAUAACAUUCACAUAAAAUAUACUUGUAUUCAAUUCAAAAAUCAUUUCAACAAUUUAUUCAGUUUUUAUGUUAAUUAAGUAUCUUAAGUAAGUAGGUACUAAAAUACCUAUUUAUUGCCUAUUAUUUAUCCACAGCACUUUUUAAGUUAAUUAGAUAAGUGCCAAAGUAGUUAGUCCGGAGUCAGACUAGUCAUAUUUUGUAUUUUAUGUCUAGAUAAAAGUGCUAAUUUUAGUGCUAAGUUGAAAUAAUAAUAACUAAACGUCGGUCUCUAAGCAACGAAGAAUUAGAUGCCAUAAAAAUCAACUUAGCACAAAAAUACUUUUCAAUUAUUUCUGUAUUUAAUUAAAAUAGCGAAAUAGGUAUUAUUAAGUAAAUAUAAGUAUUAUUAUAUUAAAAACUGGGAUUAUAGA